AUGGGCCCCUAUACCGCCUCCUCAUGCUGCUGCCAGGCCCGUAAUCUGCCAUGGGCCCCCGUACCAACUCCUCAUGCUGCUGCCAGGCCCGUAAUCUGUCAUGGGCCCCUGUACUGCCUCCUCAUGCUGCUGCCAGGUCCAGAGUGUGUCAUGGGUCCCUGUACGGCCUCCCAUUGCUGCUGUCUCUAUCGCCACACUCUGCCAUGUGCCACUUUCAGGUCUCCUCACACUGCUGGUGGUUUCCAUUUUUGUCAUAGGGUGCUGUAUGGCCUCCCAUUGCUGCUGCCUCCACCGCCACACUGUGGCUCCACACUCUGGUUUUGGCCCCGUGACUGCCCAAAUGAGUGAAGUGUGCGGUGAUUCUAAGAUCGACGGCACUCAUCUGCAUGUCAUACUGACUGACAGUAUUAUUUCUCUUCCCCAGCAGACUCCAAGGGCAUUUAAAUUAAAGGUACAGUGUUCUGCACUAAUAUUA